CACUUAUUUCAUUUAUGGUGGCACAGAGAAUUCACAGCUGAGCAAUUUGACCCACAUUGUGUUCGACAGUUGUCCUGUGUGGUGGAGAAGUCAGAGGUGCUUUGACCAAAGGUCGAUAACAUAUUGAACUAAACAAAUUUUUCAUCCUGUUAGGGGACCGACAGAGCUCAGUCUGUGGGCGUUUCUUUGAUGCAGAAUGUGGGGCAUUUGCAGCAGAACUAUGGCGAAGGUGGGGAUGGCGAAACCCUGUGGCUUGAUUAAACCUGGUCACUUGGUGAAGCCUGUAUCGGUGACCCGGGUCACCGGCAGAUACCUGACCCACCAGGAGGGACUGCCCGGUCUGCCUGUCCCCCCUCUGCAGCAGACCUGUGAGCGCUACCUUACCGCCCUGGAGCCCAUCGUGGAGGUAGAUGAGCUGAAACACACAAAAAAGAUGGUGGACGAGUUUCAGAAGCCUGGAGGGAUUGGAGAGAAACUGCAGACAGGCCUGGAGAGGAGAGCACGCAACACAGAGAACUGGUUGUCAGAGUGGUGGGUUCAGGUGGCUUAUCUAGACUACCGGCUGCCUGUGGUGGUCCAUUCAAGUCCUGGGUUGGUCUUGCCCCGCAUGAACUUCCAUGAUAAGCAAGGACAAAUAAGGUUUGCUGCCAAACUGAUAGCAGGUGUUUUGGACUUCAAGACAAUGAUUGACAAUGAGACAUUGCCAGUUGAGUACCUGGGUGGGAAGCCGCUGUGUAUGAAUCAGUACUAUGAAGUGCUCUCAUCCUGCCGCAUCCCUGGUCUGAAGAGAGAUUCUGUGGUGAACCAUGCCAAGAGCUCCAAGCCCCCCAAACACAUCACUGUAGUACACAACUUCCAGUUCUUUGUGCUGGACGUGUAUAACAGUGAUGGGACUCCACUGACAGCUGAUCAGCUCUGUGUGCAGCUGGAGAGGAUCUGCAGCUCUUCACUACAGACCAGCAUGGAGCCUGUUGGCAUCCUCACCACCCAGCAUCGUGACUCUUGGGGCAAAGCCUAUGUCAACCUAAUCAAGGAUAAGACCAACAAAGAAUCUGUGUCGGCUAUCCAAAGGAGCAUCUUUACAGUUUGUCUGGAUGGAGCGAUGCCUCGAGUGUCUGAGGACACAUACCGCAGCUGUGCUGCCGUCCAGAUGCUGCAUGGAGGAGGCAGCCAGUGGAACAGUGGCAACCGCUGGUUUGACAAGACGCUACAGUUCAUUAUUGGAGAAGAUGGGACAUGUGGUGCGAACUACGAGCAUGCGCCAGCUGAGGGCCCACCCAUCGUUGCCUUGAUUGACCAUGUUGUAGAAUACACGAGGAAGCCAGAGAUGGUGCGGUCUCCCAUGGUGCCUUUGCCCAUGCCCAAGAAACUACACUUCAACAUCACACCUGAGAUCAAGAAAGACAUUGAGGAGGCCAAGCAGAGCAUGAACAUACUGGCUCAGGACCUGGAUGUGAGGGUUAUGGUCUUUAGCCACUUUGGGAAAAAUGUCCCAAAGACCCACAAGAUGAGCCCUGAUGCUUUUAUACAGAUGGCGCUCCAGCUGGCCUACUACAGGAUGUAUCAGCGGUGCUGUGCCACAUAUGAAAGUGCCUCCUUGCGUAUGUUCAGACUGGGCCGCACAGAUACGAUCCGAUCAGCCUCAAGUGCCUCAGCUGCCUUUGUCAAGGCCUUUGAUGACUCUAGCAAACAGAACACAGAGAAGGUCGAUCUAAUGGAGAAAGCUGUAAAAGCACACAGGUCUUAUACUAAUAUGGCAGUCAGUGGUCAGGCCAUAGACAGACACCUCUUGGGUCUUAAGAUGCAGGCUGUCGAGGAAAAACUCUCCAUUCCUGAUCUCUUCACAGACAGCGCCUACGCCAAAGCUUUACACUACCAGCUCUCUACAAGUCAGGUACCAUCCAAGACCGACUGCGUCAUGUGUUUCGGCCCGGUUGUACCCAACGGAUACGGCGUGUGCUAUAAUCCCAUGAACGAUCACAUCAACUUUGCAGUGUCGUCUUUUAACACCUGUAAAGAAACGAAUACAGCACAUCUGGCCCAAGCUGUGGAGGGUGCACUGAUGGAUAUGAGGACACUGCUGGAACAAACACCAAGAGCCAAACUGUGAAGCUCCGCCAGACUUAACUAACCUCUUGGUGGAUGAAGUGGACACUACAGGGCUAGUCUCAGUGACAACUCUAAUGGCAAAGAUUUGAUAGGAAAACCACUCCCAGUGUGAUCAAGUGACAUUUGGAAGACUGCACACCACCCUUGGUUAUUGAUCAUCAUUAUGCACUUUAAAUUAUGCUGUGAUUUCUGCUGUGCAAUGACUGAGAGGUGCUUUUCCACUGGCGGUACAAUACAAAGGCAUAUAAUAUUA